CCUCCUCCUUCCAGCGGUUGGAGGCCGGGAAAGAUGGCUCCUCAGCAGCCUCCUCUCCGGCCGGCUUCUCCUCCCUUCUGAAGCGGCUCUCUGCCCCUGAGAUGGGCCGAACCGAACCACCAGCCUGACGCACCCAAACAGAAGACCUGAAAACUGUGGAUUCAAUCCGUGUGGCGCCCCCCUCCCACACCCCUCUGACUAUCAUCUCUCCCACCUUCAGCAUCUGCACACCCUGUCGGCUGGCUUUAGGAGAAUCCUGGUCCUUUUUAUUUAUUUUUUAUUUAACAGAAGGAAGUUGAGCAGAAAGCAGUCGGACCGCGGAGGAAGAUGAGGUGGUUAUCAACUACUCCAUAGUGAAGGGCCUGAAGUACAACCAGGCCACGCCCACCUUCCACCAGUGGAGGGACGCCAGGCAGGUCUAUGGCCUCAACUUUGCCAGUAAGGAGGAGGCCACCACCUUCUCCAACGCCAUGCUGUUUGCUCUCAGCGUCCUCAGCGCUCAGGACGGAGGUCCAGCUCUCCAGCGUCCAGUCCAGAACGGCCCGACUUCAGAUGAGAUGGAAGCUCAGAGAGCGAGACAAGUGAUGGAGCAGCAGCAGCAGCAGCAGCAGCAGCAGCAGCAGCAGAUGCAGGCUCAAAUGGAGCGGGAGCGACGGUCUUCCAACUCAGGUUCUCCUUUCCAAGGCCACCCUGCUGUGCUCUCCGUGGCCCCACCAGUAAUACCUCCACCAGUGAACAUGGGGGGUCCUCCUCCUCCGCCACCCCCACCAGGCCCACCGCCACCAACAGCGGGGGCUCCUCAACCUCACCUCCCUCCUCCCCUGCCUAUAGGAGGAGGCAACCAAGAGGACGAGGCUCCUGCACCCACGGGUCUCGCUGCGAUGAUCGCUGGAGCCAAACUACGACGAGUCCAAAGACCUGAGGAGAGCUCUUCGAGCGCCAAAAAUGAUGCCAACCGAACGAGUGGGGGGAGUGGAGGACUGAUGGAGGAGAUGAACGCUCUCCUGGCUCGAAGAAGGAAAGCAGCUUCAGAGAAGCCCGAGGAUGGCCAAAAUGACGAUCCAAACUCUCCGUCCCCCAGCACUCGAAGUGGACAGAACUCAACAGAUGGUGCUAAGAAGCCCUGGGACCGGGCUAACUCCGCCGACAGGUCAAUGGUUUCAAGGGUACGACCUGCAGGGAGUGGCGGAGACACAGACUCGUUAGACCUGGAUAGGAUGAAACAGGAGAUCUUGGACGAGGUGUUUCGUGAAUUGCACAAAGUUAAGGAUGAAAUAAUUGAUGCCCUUAGACUUGAACUCAGUCGAGUUAGCACGACAUAAUCUUGGAGACACGAGCCACUUAUUUCAACCCCCUACAGUAGCUGCCGAGGCCCUGAGGAGGAGGAGAGGUCAGGAACAGAGGCCCAAACUGUGACAUCUACUCAUCGUGUUCAGCUGUGGUGUUGGAGCGACGUUACUGUAGCACCUCAGACGUGUCUGUGUAGCAUCUGGUUUGUUCGUUUCUGACAGAAACAUGUGAAUGGGGCACUCUCUCGCACUGAUUACUCUGUUUUGUUUUCUUCUGUCUAUCUGUUCUGGUCUGCCUCCUGUCUUUGGUCCAAAGGAAAACUAUUAAAUGCAAUUUACUUCAAUGGUUUAGCCUUUUUCCCCUCCGUUUGAUUUUUAUAUUACUAUAACUUUCAUUAUCAUUACUAUCAAGCUUAUGUUUGUCGGUGUAAUGUUAUGAGUUGUAGUGGUGUGUAUGGUAUUACGGGGGAAAUGAUUCUAACGUGAUAAUAUUACUUUUGUUGCACAUCAUUGUAUUUUUAUAUAUAUUUAUGUUACUUUAUUUAGUUUUGUUUGAGCUAUAUUUGCAAACACUUCCUGUUCCCUUUUUCUCAUCAGCUGACCUCAGUCUUUUUUUUUUUUUUUUGAUUUUAUUUAUUUUUUAUUCUUUUCGCCAACACAGUGAGGAACCAUGGCCGUAAAAUUAUAAUAAUACUAUUAUUAAGGUUAAAGUAAUUAACUAAGAGGAAAUGACAGGAUUUUACCCUGAAACCAAGAAUGGAAUGAACUUAUUUGGAUAUUACAAUCGUCUAAACAAGGAGAAUAAAAUGAGAUGGUAUACAAAAUUCACACACGUUUGUGAUCAUGUUCAUAAAAAGGUUUAUGGGCUGCAGGAAUAUGGUGACGUAUUCUUCAUUUUAUUGUCUCCUUUUAUGACAAAGUGCUUCCU